AUGGAUAAUCGGAACAAGUUUCUUUGGUUUCUGUAUUCCGUUUUCUUGCUUUCACAAAGCAACCAGACAAGGGGAUGGUUAUUUUCUUCCAAAGAAACUCCAACUGAAAACCCAUCAGAGAAUUCCGCGAUUUCCGGCGACAUAGUUGCCGAAUUCUCAAUGGAAACACCGGGGAACAGAAAGGGAGUACAGCUCGUCGAAAACGCAAAGAACAGGAUGGCCAAAUCGAACUCCUGUUGGCAAAACGCGUACCAGAAUCUGUUUGCUGGGUGUUCGGAGAUUCUAGCGGGCGAAGAGAAACGGUCUAGACUUGCUUGGCAUCUCAGCGAUUGCUUCCAGAAAGACUCCGGAAGGCCAGGUUUUCCUUACUGUGAUGCAAAAUCCAGCAUGUUGAAGUGUUUGACAAAAUUGGAUGAGGAUGCAAGGAAGGUGUAUCUGGAGUUUUAUCUUGAGACCAACUCCAUCUGCCAUCAGUUACAGACCGAUGCAUUUAAGCGCCAAACAGAGAGACUGGUGAAUGAGCUAAAGAAGUCUGCGCAAUUUGCCGAAGACAAGUUAGAUAUAAUAGAAGAGAAAGCAGAGGAGUUGUUACAUAGUUCAAGUCACAUCCAUGAUUCUUUGGCUUCAAUCGAUGUUCAAACCCAACAAGUGUCCAAAAUGACAAAGAAUGUUGAAGAUCAUGUAUAUGUUGUGCUGAAGCAUGCAGAAGCAGUUUACGAGCAAUCCAAGGAAAUCGCAGGUUCUCAGUCGGAACUGCAAGAAAGCCAAGCACAAAUGAAGAACAAGUUGGAAGAAUCAAUGGAAGUGUUGCAUAAAUCUUAUCACAAUGUGGUUCAAGAAAUAAGUAGGUUGAAGAAUGAAGCUGUUGAAAUAGAGAAGAAGAUUGGAAAAGUUGGGGAUGCAAUGGCAUCGAAAAUGAACACUUUGCAAAGCAAAGCCGAUGAUAUUGGUAAUAUAGCAGGCAUUUCCUUGGAUAAGCAAAAGCAACUUCUAGAUGGCCAAUCUGUGGCUCUUGACGGCCUCGAGUUUCUAACCAAAUUUCAGUCCCAGGCACUAGAACAGACCAGGGGUACUUUGCAGCAAUUAGCUGAACUUGGGAAUAAACAACAAAACCAGCUUCUUCAAAGACAAGAACUACUACAACAAACUCAUGAUCGACUAGCUGAAAAUUCAAAGACAAUAUUGGAAGCUCAGGAAGCUUUUGAGUCGAAGCAAACAAGCAUGUUUGUUGCUCUAGAUAAGCUCUUUGCCUUGCACAAUGCCAUGCUUCUUGAAGCCCGAUUAAUUAAAGCUUUUGUAUUCUACUUUAUAUCAAUCUUCAUACUCCACAUGCUCACAAGUACAAAGCAAACCUAUGUUGUGAGACAUAGGCUUUAUGUCGGGAUUUCUGCCACAUGCUUGAUUGAAGUUGCAAUACUACGGUAUGCAACAACUAGUAUUGAACAACAGACUUGGAUUAUAAGUCUGGUUAGAUGGCUCUUUGUGCUGCUCGCAUUAUUCCAGUUUCUAUAUGCCAUUUGGACAUUCAGGGACCUUGAGCUGGCAAAUCACCAUAUGAUAUUGGAAAUGUACAAGAACCACACGGAUCUGGUUAAAGGCAAGCGACUAAACACUGUAUGCUCAUGGGAAAGUGAUUGCGACAGUGACGUGAAUUGGUCUUCAUUUGUUGACACUGAGAUAAAAGAAGAUAUAGACAGUCUUGGAGACCCAGACUAUAUGCUUCCAGAAGAAGUCGUGGAGAACUCAGUUGCAACUUCCUUAACACCAGCAAAAGCAUACAAUCUCCGUUGUCGCCGAUAUUAAUCAUGCAGAUACUUUCUUUCCUUGAGCACUUGACAUUUAAACUACUUUUUGCUGCUUAUUACUUACAAUAGUAUGCACAGAUAGUUUGACAUUCAAAUCAAUUUCACAAUAAACAA